AUGAAGAUCACACGAUAUGAUUAUCAUGGAGGAAUUGUCAUUGAAAAAGGAAGAAGAGAAUAUUGGAGAAUUGUCAAUAAUAAAGUUAGAAUUUGGGAUAGAAGUGGAAAAAUAGAAGAAUUAUCAGGAAAUGAAAUACAUAAAAUUGGAAUAAGUAAAAGUAAUGAGAAGAAAAUUAUAUUGUUAACACAAAGUGGAUUAAGAGAAAUUGAGUGCCAAAAUAAACAAGAUAGAGAUUUAUGGUUAUCAACAAUUGAAACUAUUAGAAGGUUAUGUAUUCAAUCUACUGAAAAAUAUAUUUCAAAGGAUCUUAAAACAAAAACAGAGAAUACAUUACAAGAAAAACAAAACGAAAUACCACUAAUUAAUGUCAAUGAAGAAAAGAUAGAAGGAUAUAGUACAAAAUUAUUAAUUGACAAAGAAAAUGAUGAAAUGACUGAUGUAUUAACAUUAAUUGAAGAUGAAGAAAAGAAGAAACAGAUAGAAGAGGAAACUGAUAAAGAUGAAAAGAAAAUCAAAGAAAUUGUAUUUCAAAGAAAACAACAAAGAGAAGAAGAAAUGAGAAAAUGGAAAGAACUUCAACAACAUUCUAAAAAUAAAGAUAUUACACAACCAUCAAAUGAAAAUAAAUCAAUAACUGAAGUGGUAAAAAAUGAAGUAGUUGAUGAUGUUUUGAAAAAGGCAAUUGAUUUGGCAUCUGAAAUUAUUGGAGAAAAUGAAGACAUUGAAAAGUUAAAAAUUGAAGAAGAAGACAAACAAGAAACUAAUUCUCAAAUCAAUACAGAAACAAAAGACAAACAAAUUCAGGACAUUUUAAAGAAUAAAUUUGAAGAAAAAGACAAGUACCAUUCAUCAGAAGAAUUAACAAUUAAAGAAGAAAUAGAAGAAAUACUUCAUACACAAUCUAUAAGCAAUAAAGAAAUUAAAACUGAUGAUAAUCAUCAACAAAAAACAAAAAUACAAAAAGAAAUAUCAAAUAGUAUUGAAGAAAAUGAGAAUGAACCAAAAAUUCUAUUUGAAAAAGAAGAAAUACAGAAAGAAAACACAGAAAAUCAAGAACAAGAAUCAUCAGAUAUUUCAUUAGAAUUUUCAGAUGAAGAUGUUGACGAAGAAGUAUUUACUGAAAAAAAUAAAGAACAACCAGUUGAAAUGAAUUUAAUGGAUUUUUUAGGUACAGAAUCAAUAACAGAAGAAAUUGAUGAAACAUCAGAAUCAGAAAAUCAUGAUGAAUUUAAAGGGUUAGAUUUUGAUGAAAUGAUGAAACAAUUAGAUAUUCCAACUGAUUCAAAUGUUCAAGAGAUAAAAGAAGAACAAAAAAUUGAAGAAGAUAACGAUAAAACAGAUGAAGAAAUUGAAUUUGAAAUUGAAGAAGAUAAUUCUGAGAUUGAAAUAAAUAAAGAGUAA